AUGGCACGCCAGCUUCUGAUACUUUCUUCCCUCCAGCAAUUUAGAAAAUUGAGCAUUAUUCUUAGUGGCAGUUGUACACAGCUAGCGAGUUCUGGUGACCCCACCAACGCUAUAACGAUUGGGAAAGCACAUUUUGUAAACAGGUUGCAGGGACAUAGCAGUCGGACUGGUGCACCUACAACUGCAAGAGGUCCAAUUUUAGGAGCCCAAAAGAGAACGAGGUACGGAGGAGUAGGAAAAUCCGUAAGAAAAUUGGCUCCGUUGAUCCGGAUGGCAUAUGUUUCGGUCUUUCCUUUCCAUCGGACCAAAUACUCCACAUUCCUUCCUCGUCCACGAACAUCAAGGAUAGUUUCGGAAUUUUUAAAGUGCCUUCACUCGGUGCCGCAAAAAUCUAACAGUUGA